GGCCGCCCUUUUCUUCUUCCCCUUCCCUCCCUCGAGCGACGUAGGCAGGGUUCCUCACAAGAAUAUCUUGGAAUAUUUCGAAGCUGUCUCAACAUCCUCUAUACCCACACACCAUGGACAGUAUCAACAACGCGAUUCCUACUCCUCCAUCUUGGUUUUCUCACAACAUUGGCGUCACUGUGCUAUCACUCGCUAUCCUUUGGUUCGCUUUCCGCGUCAUUUACAACCUCGCAUUCUCCCCCCUCAGCUCAAUACCCGGUCCGUGGUAUGCUGCCAUCUCCAAUUUCUGGAUCACGACACACGUCCUUCGCCUGCAACAAUGUAAAACGGUCCAAAGGCUCUUUGAAGAUUACGGUCCAGUUGUACGUAUCGCUCCUAAUAAGGUCGUUUUCCGCGAUAUCACAACGAUGAGAAGCGUCUACUUGGUUCACAAGUUCGACAAGAGUACAUUUUACAAGAGUCUUCUCACAAACGAUAAUGAUCACGCUAUGACCACCUUAGACCAUGCACAAUAUGCCGUACGACGAAAAGGUUAUGCCCCACACUACAUUCCGGCAAACCUGGCUUUAUUCCAACCUGAAGCCCGUGAUUUUACAUUGGAACUCGUCCAUGGCUUGGAACAAAUGCCAAGCAAACAACCUUUGGAUUGUCUUACGUUAUUCCGCCACUUUAUGGUUGACGUCAUCGUUUCAUCCUCCUAUGGGUACCGUCUCGGUGCUCUUAGCAAGUGGAUCGUAGGCGCUGAAGAUCCUCUAUCGACCGCCAUUGGUGAUUUUCCAAAGCGCGGAACUCUUAGGAGCGCUUGUCCCACAUGGGCAUGGAACUUCAUCUGUCGUAUUCCCAAUAAUAGAUGGCGCCAGAUGUGUGAUUCUGAUAAAAUAAUGGCAGAGUUCGUUAGCGCACGAGUGUACGAAACGAGGGCUCAAAUUAGUUCCGGUAAAAUCGGUGAAUCUGAAAAGGCUCCAAUGCUUCAUCGACUUCUCGAUUAUAAGUAUACAUCCAAUGAAGCAAUGCCUGACCAAGAUAUCAUAUCAGAAGCAAUGGGUCACAUGAUUGCUGGGACAGAUACUAUGUCAAUUUCGCUGUCGUACUUCCUCUGGGAAUUGAGUCGUCGUACCGAUGUUAUGAGAAAACUACAAGCCGAACUUGAUCAAGCCAUUCCUGACUCCCAUGCUAUUCCAGAUAUAUCUGUAUUGCAGAGACUACCAUAUUUAAACGCUUUUGUAAAAGAAGGCCUUCGCCUUUACGGCGCUGCGCCAAGCGCUCUUGAACGCGUUGUCCCACCUUCGACUUCUAAGAAUGGCGCCACCAACGAAGCCUUUGAUCUCAUGGGCUAUGCACUCCCUCCAGGUACCAUCGUAUCCACGCAAGGCUGGUCCAUGCAUCGCGACGCCUCCAUCUUCCCUUCUCCGGAAACCUUCCUUCCCGACCGCUGGCUUGAGACUUCUGGUAAUUCGGAACAGUUGGCCCAGAUGGCUCAAUACCUAAUUCCCUUUGGCAUGGGUUCGCGAGCGUGUGGGGGUCAGAACUUAGCUCAAAUGAUGCUAAGGAUUACCAUCGCGGCAUUGGCGAGAAACUUUGAUAUCAUAGCGCCUCCUGAAACCAACGAAAGGAGUAUGGAAAUAAAAGACAGCUUCGUUAUCUUCCCCGUAUCCAUGGAAUGCAGGCUCGCGUUCCAGCCUCGAAAACAGUGAUCAAUUCUUCCAGCAGUCACUCGGUCUACCGCCAAGAAUUUGACUUCACAACAAACUUACUUUCUAUGUUGUUUUCCUCGCUUUCAUAUAUUCCCCCUGUGCAUAUAAUAUUUAAUACGGCUUCGCCAUGGCUGGCUAUCUCGUGCAACCCACGCGUUACCCCCCCCGACGAAUCCGCUUUCAUUGUUCGAAAGGUGUCGGAUACGCUUGGUUAUCUUCUGUUAUUAACAACUCUGGCUGAGCCAUGUACCUAUACGUAACGCUAGACCUCUCUUUAAGGAUACCUAUACCAUAAUACCAAUAUAAUAUC